GAGGUACGUUGUAUGCGAAGCCGAAAUAAAAACUUUUGUGUCGCGUCUUCGUCACGAAAAAACAUCACCUCAUUUUUUUUUAUAAUUAAUGAGCCCCCAUAAUGAGGCAAAAACUUUGUUCUCCGACCCUUUUUCGGGGACAGAAGGUGGAACAGCUAUUGUCAUACAGCUAAAGAAUCUGAAAAUAUCAUGCAGCAAAUUGGGAAAAACAUUCAGAAUGCAGUGUACCGUGUAAAUUUUUCUUUGAAGCUUCAAAGUGUGUCUGUGAAAAAUGUAGCUUCUGUGACUUCAGACACAAGUGAUAGAUGGUCAAAGAAUGUGAAGUCUUUUGAUGAUAUCCCAGGGCCCAAAGGCUUGCCUUAUUUUGGAACUCUUCUGCCGUACAGGCUAGGCUGGCUAAACAUGAAAAAUGUUCCUGACGUCCUAAGACAGUGGUACAAGCAGUAUGGUGGUAUUGUCAAAGAAAUAAGGGCUGGUCACACUGUCGUACACAUCUUUGACCCUGACUUGAUCCGCUUUGUGUAUGCUGGUGAGGACAAAUGGCCCCGCAUUGAACCUUUGCUAGAAACAACACAGCUAUAUCGAAAACAGUUUGAUAUGUCUCCAGGGUUAGGAAACACCAAUGAUGAAGAAUGGUAUCGGCUACGAACUGCCAUCCAGCAGCUCAUGAUGCGACCAAAAGAGGUGCUGUUCUUUCUACCUGGGGCUGACAGAGUGGCACUGGACUUUGUAUCACACAUCAAGCAGCACAGAAAUUCCAGAAAUGAGGUACCAGACUUCAGCACUGAGCUUGGAAGGUGGUCUUUAGAAUCAUCAGGAGUGGGCAGUUUUGACAGGUGCUUGGGAUUUCUAACAGAAUCUGGUAGAAGAGAAGCUGUGGAGUUAAUUGAUGCAAACACCACAGUGUUUGAGUUGACAGCAAAACUCAAGUUUGCACUUCCUCUGUACAAGUACCUGCCAAGUCCCACCUGGAAGAGGCUUGUGGCAGCUGAAAGCACUAUAUUCAGAGAAUUCAAGCGCCAUUUUGAUACCACCUUUGAGACAUUAAAGAAGAAGAUAACCAGUGGUCAGCUGAAGGAAGGGGAAUUCCGUUUUCUUUGCUACAUGUUGGGAAGACCAGAACUGGGAGAGAAGGAUAUUGUCACACUCACACUGUCACGCUUCAUUGAUGGCUUGUCUACCACAACCCAGGCCCUACUGUUUGCACUAUACUGCCUUGCUACAAAUUCUGCAGCACAGGAAAAGGCGUUUGAGGAAAUUAAUUCUCUUUUGAGUCCCUCAUCUACUUUGACUGCCGAUACUUUCAAUCAGCUUUCAUACGUCCGAGCUAUUAUUAAAGAGAGCUUCAGACUGUUCCCUAUCAAUAUCGAGAUUGCCCGAGUCACUAAAAAAAAUAUGAUUAUUGGUGAUUACCAGAUUCCAGAAGGGACUGUCAUUCAUUUAAAUAACACCACCUUGUUCCGUGACCCUGAGUUCUUUGAAGAACCUGACACCUUCAUCCCAGAGCGUUGGCUGAGAGAUGAGUCAGUGCAGAAAGUCCACCCGUUCAUCCUUCUACCUUUUGGACAUGGACCCAGGAUGUGUGCAGGUCGGAGAAUUGCUGAACAAGAAAUGGCAAUACUACUGACAAGAAUAUUGCAGAAUUUUCAUCUUGAAUGGCACCACCCACAACUGAGGCAAAAAUACUGCACUCUUAAUGUUCCAGACUCGCCUGUUCAAAUCACCUUCCUUGACCGUUGAUUGUUUUUGGGUUGUAUACUAGGGUAAGUAUAUUUCCUGGAUGGAGAAAGUGUGUAUCAAUUUUUCUUCUUAAUUAGAAUACUAACAUGCAAAUAGUUGAAUAACAACCUAUUUGCAGGCAACUCAGGCCCUAAUGUUUGCACUGUGCUGUCGUGGUCAAAAUUCUACAGUAUAAGAAAAGGCUGAUGAGGCAUCAUGUAAUUAAUUCAUCUUAAUUAAUUAGUCUAAUGAAAAGAUGGUGAUGAUAAGGACUAAUUCUAAUCUUUUUGUUACCUAUGAGAUUGUUGUCACAGCGAUUUUGCUCUCCACUUCCAAAGUCUAUCAUGUGAUAGAUGUGCAGAGUGAUCACUCAUUCCCAUCAUAAGAUAUAGAAAGACCUAUGCAUUUUUAGACUUCCUGUGCAAUGAAGCCUUAUGGGCAUAUGGGACUGUUGUGUAUGUGUAUGAUUCUCAUGACAGUUUUCAUAUACUUCUACACUUUUUUACUCCUAACGUUUACUCCUGUGUGUUAAAUGUCUGUAUGAGAAUGUAUGCCUGCCCUUGUGAGCGAAGACAAAUUUCUGUCCUUGGUCUCCUGGACAGACAAUAAAGUCUGUUUUGAUUUGAUAAAUUACAGUGUAAUUUUUUUCAGCAGGGUGAUGUUACCCCGUGUGUGUGUGUGUGCAUGUCAUAUUCUUGUGUGGGCAAAUGUGGUAGAUAUGCAUGCUGUGCUGGCGAUGUUUGUUGUCAGUCAUGUGAUGCUUUUUUAAAUGCAUAUUUUUAACACUUACAGUAUAUGUUUCAUGGAGAUUUAUAUUAAGAUCUCCGACAUUGUGGAAUGCUUAAUACUAUGACAUGUAUUUAUAUAUUUAAUAUUAUGACAUAUUGCAUCCUUUAUUGCAUAAUAAUCUUGUUUUGUGAUAGUAAUAUGAUGACUAUGAUUAAUCACUAUGAUGAAAGCUGUCAAGAGGCUAAGUACUGCUUUCACUUUUAAUAAACACUGAUUUCAUGUGAUAAGCAUGAUUCUGGGGAGAUGUAACAGCAUUUAUGAUGAUAGCAUAAUAGUAUUAUGAUACUGUGACUGUGUGGACACUUGUUUUUCAAUGGACUAAAUGCUGGACUUUUUGAUAAAACAUUAUUUCCUGGGCCUUAUGUUCAUGAAGCACAUUUACCUAGUGAGUUAGCCUACAGGUAAUAGUUAAAUUGGUGUAUUCAUGAUCUCUGGUUAAUCUUUUAUUUAGCAGGUAAUUUAAUCGAUGGAGGGACUACUUGAUAAUAUUUGACCAUAUAGCAUUAUUUUAAUGGUUGUGCUUUUAAACUGUAAGACAGUUUUUUUUUAAAUUUACUUCAUAAUCUGAGACUAUAAGGUGCAAUAAAAACAAAAUUGACCACCGCUGUCAACACUGCACACAUCUUUUAUUCUAUUCGUCAUUUUGUUUCCCAUUGAAGACAAAUUUUGUGACUGAUUAUUGCUCACGGAUCACCAUUUGAUCAGAGUGAAUAAAGUUGACUUUCUUUGGUU